AUGGAACUCCGCGACGUUCUGUUCCUUGCAGCAGGUCUCCUGCCGGCUGUCGUCAUUGCCGCCCCAGCUGAACAAGCUCAGCGCGUCCUGAACCUACAGGCCGUCUCCCAGCCUGGAGCAUCUGCGCCGACAUCAGAACAGCCGCCCCAGCACCAGCACCAGCACCAGCACCAGCACCAGCGGAAGCUUCACGGCCGGUUUCUGCAUAUCACAGAUUUCCACCCGGAUUCCCACUACAAGACGCACACCUCCACCGCCGAGGGCGAUGCAUGCCACAGCGGCAAGGGCCCGGCCGGGUUCUACGGCGCUGAGACGUCGGAUUGCGACACGCCGCAUGCGCUCGUCAACGCGACUUUCGACUGGAUAGAAACCCACCUCAAGGACUCGCUCGACUUUGUCAUCUGGACUGGCGACUCGGCGAGGCACGACAGCGACGAAUCUUUUGGCCGGAGCGAGAAGGAGGUCGUCAACAGCAAUCGCUUGAUCGCCGACAAGUUCGUCAGCACUUUGUCGGAUAGAGGUGGACUAUCCAUCCCCGUCAUACCGACCUUUGGCAACAAUGAUAUCCUGCCGCACAACAUCAUGGUCGGCGGCCCGAACAAAUGGCUGAAGUGGUACACCGAUAUAUGGAAGUCUUUCAUCCCCGAGGCGCAGAUGCACACGUUUGAGCAGGGCGGCUGGUUCUUCACAGAGGUUGUACCCAACAAACUGGCCGUCUUCAGUUUGAACACGCUCUACUUUUUCGACCGCAAUGCUGGCAUCGAAGACUGCACGCAUCCCUCGGAGCCGGGGUUCAAGCAGAUGGAGUGGCUGCGAAUCCAGUUGCAGUUCCUGCGAAACCGCGGCAUGAAGGCUAUCCUGAUGGGCCACGUUCCUCCGGCCAGGACCGCUGGCAAGCAGAAUUGGGAUGAGACAUGCUGGCAAAAGUACACACUGUGGCUCCAGCAGUUCCGUGAUGUGAUUGUUGGGGGCUUGUACGGCCACAUGAACAUUGAUCACUUCUUCCUGCAGGACACCAGAGACAUCAACCUGAAUUACCUGGAGAAAGGCACCAAGGAGUACGAAAAGCAUGUCAGGGACAAGAAAAAGAAACACAGGAAGAAGCACCGUAAGAACCAGGCCGCCAAUAUUCAACAGGAUGGCUUUUCGAUUUGGUCAGGCGCCGACUAUCUCUCAGAGCUGCGAGACGAUUGGGCAAAACUGCCCAAGGCAGCCGUCCGUACGAUAAGUGGAAGCGACGUUGAGGCGGAGAAGAAGAAAAAGAAGAAAAAGAAGGAUCCUCUUGGUGGGGAGUGGGCAGAGCGGUACCAGUUGUCCAUGGUGAGCCCCAGCAUAGUCCCCAAUUAUUUCCCGACGAUCCGAGUCUUCGAAUACAACAUCACUGGUAUGGAAGACUCGCCAACCUGGGCCGACGUCAUUCGGGACAGCAAGCCGGGUAGACAGAGAGUGGGUGUCGAGGAAAACGGACAACAGCACCCCCUAGAUGGCAUUCUGGAUGAAGACCCUGAGUUUGACAUCGACAAGAAGAAGCACAAGAAGAAGGGCAAGAAGGGCAAGAAGGGCAAGAAACCCAAAGACCCAUAUUUGAUCGUUCCGGAACCUCCUUCCAGCACUGCUGGACCUGGACCAGCCUAUUCCCCUCAGCCCUUGACCUUGACGGGAUAUACGCAGUACUACGCGAACCUCACCUACCUCAAUAACGACGCUCAUGAUUUUACCAAGAAACUCAAAGGCUUCGAGGAGGAAUUAUCUGCCGAGCGCUGGAACGAAGGCGUGCACAAGGGCAAGAAACCCGGCCAUAAACCAAAGCCACGGCCCUUUGAGUUCCAGGUCGAGUACAGCACCUUUAACGACACACUCUACAAGGUCAAAGACUUGACUGUAGGCAGCUUUGUUGAGCUGGCAUACCGAAUUGGGCAUGUGAAAACAAAGUCGAAAGCGAUGACUGAUCGUACUGAAGACACCGAGGUGGAAGAACCCCACGAGGACGACACGCUCGACGUGGAUACAGACGAAUCCGAGGAUGAUGAUGUUGAUGAUAGCGACGAUGACGAUUCCGAACUUGAGACAGAGAAGCACGGCAACAAGAAAGGAAAGAAGGGAAAGAAAGGCAAGAAAAAGAAGAACAAGAAGAAGAAGCACAACGAGGUCUGGCUUCACUUCCUAGAGCAUGCCUUCGUCUCCACUAUGCCAAAGAAGGAUCUGAAAAAGCUCUGA